CAUCAGCUGAAGGCUGAUCUGGGUGGUUUGACCGGUCAAAAGGACAUGUAAAAUGUCUGGCGUGUAAAACUCCGAUGAAUGCAUGCUUGCACGUGGUACAUUUUUAAAUUGGUGCAUGAACCUUAAAUCCACCUGGCUAUCCCUCUGUCUGCCUGGGGCCGUGUAAUCAACAACAGGUGUGCGGCAGCGGGAGCGACUUAAUAUGGAGAAAAUCAACACAGAGUUUCAUUACGACACUGACAACUUUCGGUUCACGCCGGAAAUGAAAGAGGCGUUCGAUGAGUGCGGAUAUAUACUGAUCAGAGGGGUGUUGAGUACGUCUGAGGUGAACAAAGUUAAAUAUGCCGUGGAGAACUGUGACGAGAUACAGAAAAACGCCUUUGUGGUGGGCGAUGACGAGGGCGGGAAAAGCCGACUGUGUAUCUGGAGUCAUCCCGGAAAUGACAUCACCGGAAUGGUGGCCCGGUGCGAGAAAGUUGCUGGAGUGAGCGAAAAGCUGUUAGGGGGAGAGGUGUACCACUACCAUACGAAGUUAAUGAUGAAAGACGCGUACACCGGCGGCAAACAUGUCUGGCACCAAGAUUACGGAUACUGGUAUAAGAACGGAUGUCUGUUUCCGGACAUGCUAACUGUGUUCAUACCCGUGGACGAGUGUAGUAAGACCAAUGGAUGUCUGCAGAUUCUGCGGGGGUCUCACAAAUGCGGCCGUAUCGAGCACCUGUUCGUCGGAGGACAAACCGGGGCCGACCUGGAAAGGGUGGAGCAACUGAAGAAAAAGUUACCUUUGGAAUACGUAGAGAUGAAACCGGGUGACGGCCUGUAUUUCCACAGUAACCUCCUGCACAUGAGCUUUACACGCCACUGCAUAAGGUACCGGACUCAGCAGUCAUUGACUGCACUGACGUGAGCGUGUCUGGGAAAGGCUUCGUGGACGGCACCAAGGACCGAACCAUCAAGUCCACUUAACCCAUGCCGUGCCGUCACCAGCACUAUUUUAAGGCAACUCCUUCCAGUUUUGCUAAUCCCUCUUCGUUUAUUUUGUCAUUUUGUUAUCACGAUGUCAGGAAAUGAUAAUAGAUUACACGUAUAUGGAAGGAUUUUGAUGGAAAAUCCGAAUUCAAUUGUAGGUCGUAUGAAGCGAUAACAUUGUCCGCCAUAAGUAGAUCUGGCCAAACGGAGUAGUAUUUUUUAGGGUAAUACGUCACGGUUUCUGUACGUAGUUGUGCUCAUAAAACAAAGACGUAGUUCACAAGCACUGUGACAUUAACAGCUGACAGCGGUAUUGUUUUAACCAUGGGAAAUGUUAAGCGAUCUUGCCCAUCAGAGCUAAAGGCUAUAAAAUAACGUUUCUCAGCGAAGGCUCCACCCCUUGGAAUAAUGGUUUCCAAAUUUAAGGUCCAUUUACGACUUUAUUUCGGUGUGAAAUUCAUAUAAGCCCAAGUCAAGCUUUACAGAGAAAUUUGUUUGUUAUCAGACCGGCUCAUGUUCAGCUGUCAGUCGUAUCAUCUUAGGGCAAAUUUAUU